CCAUCACAGAAAAGACUUAUUAACACACCAUUAUUAAAAUUAUUAUCUCUCUAAUUCCAACCCCUUUCGUAAUCAAUAUGGCCGCCAGCUUCUCCAGCUCUUCUCCCUUCCUCAUCUCCGCGCUCUUCCUUUCCUUUCUCCUCAUCCACUCCGACCACCACAUCCGCCCCGCCUCCGCCGUCAGGCCCACGGCGGCCUGCAGCAGCAGCAGAUCACCUUCGUCUCCGUCGUCGGCCACGUCAGCAUCGUCGUCCACGUCGUCGUCGUGCGUUCACGAGCAGUCGAGGAACGUGAUCAGGCGGUGCGCGAGGCUGAUCUCGAAGACGGGCGCGUCGCUGGACGAGCCGUCGGCGGAGUGCUGCGACGCCGUCCGGAAGGCAAAGCUGCUGCCGUGCCUGUGCUCGUACAUCACGAGGGACAUGGAGGACCUGGUCGACGUCGGGAGGGUGGUCGACGUCUUCACCUCCUGCGGCAAGAUAGUCCGUCCAGGCACCAAAUGCGCAAGUUACACUGUUCCGAAGGUAUGAGAGAAGAGAAGCAGAAAUGGAGAACUAACGUUGUCGGCUGCCAAGUUUAGAAUACAAUACGCUAAUUUUGGAUCUUGAGGACAUUGUUAUUGCUUUUUACGUGUGAUUUAUAUAUGUUUCGUUGCAAGUUUCCAAGACGGCAAAAAGACCGUCGGCCGUUUGCAGCUCUUUUCCGGCACCUAAUUAAUAAACGGAAUUUGUGUGACUGCCUUUUUGUUGAGUAAUUGAUCAGCUAUUGUCGCAAAAAAAAAAGUACUUGAGCGGCUUAGUGAGUGCACUGUGUACGUUCCAUGCAUGUGGUUCCAAAGACCGGCCGUUGGACUCGUUGCCACUUGGCCCAUGGGCUUCUGUUUGAUGUGCUUCAAGCUAGUGUAUAAUUCAAAACCCAAAUCCAAAAGCAACCGUGUAUAGAUUCGAUUUCUGCAUAUCCAUUGAAAUAGAGCUUUAACUAAUGA